AUGCAAACCCUAAUCCUAAAUUUAGUUGUGCAACCGCCACCCUCCGAAAUUCCAGCCACCACCCCGGUUAGGACCCCAAACCAUCGGAGCUGCCUUUCAGUCUUCGUCGCUGCCAUGGAAGCCCUCAUCCGCCAUCGGGAACAUAACAACCACUCGGGAACCGCCAUCCGAGUCCAGCUCCGUUAUAGAUGGCCGAUAGCAUCGCUGCUGCCACCGCCUUGUGUCACUGCUGCUACGUUGCCAUCAAGCAGUGAACCUCCGUAUCCUCGUUCUUCUUCUUCUAUUGCUGAUGUAGUCGAUAUUCUAGCGAUGGAUUGCCACCACUGCUAA